UUGUGGUUGCACCCGAUUCAAGAGCCGAAUGGCUCACAGGGCUAUACCAAAAUAAAGAAACUGAAACUGAGCCUCUACAUUAGCACCGCUCUCUGGCCCUCCUCCUCUGACCUUCUCCCUCUCUCUGUAACCCACAGGCUGCGUGUGUGCAGAGGGGACUUUUAUGGACCACGAGGGAGUUUGUGUUCCGGGCAUCGAGUGCCCAUGCUACACAGGUCACGACAUUGUCCCGCCUGGGAAAUUCUACUGGGUCGGCGAUCUAGCCUGUGCUUGCGAGUACGGAGUUCUCAGGUGCGAAAACCCCAUCACCAUGCUCGGCGGAAGAAUGCGACGUAAAAGCCCCCUCCAGGUCGAAAAUGCCCUCCAACUCCUGGUUGAUGGCAGCGCCCUGAGAGGCAGGAGCCACGCGAAGGCCUGCGAGAGGACCUGCCAGACCAUCAACUUGCCCUGUCCGCCGUGCGAAUCGGACUGCCCAUGCGGGGAUGGACUCAUCCCAGACGACAACGGCAACUGUAUCCCGCCGGAGGAUUGCCCGUGCCGGCACCACGGCAUUGUCUAUGGCAAGGGGGAUACAAUCAAGGUGGACUGCAACGUGUGCACGUGCGGCAGCGGCGCGUGGAGCUGCAACUCGGCCGAGUGCCCUGGCACGUGCCGCAUGUACGGGGACAGCCACUACGUCACCUUCGACGGCAAGAGGUUCGUCUUCGACGGGAACUGCGACUCCAGCAUCGUGCAGGACUACUGCUCCACAGCCGAGGGCAACUUUCAGAUCAUCACCGGCAAGGACUGCAGCGCUGUGGACUCGAGCUGCUCCAAGGCGAUCCGCUUCUACAUCAAGGAUUACAACGUGGAGGUUCACAUGGUGGCCGGGGAGGUGAUGGUGGUGCCCGUGGCCGGAAAGAUCCCGGCGAUGGUGGAUGACCUGACCAUCCACUCGGUGGGGCUCUACCGCAUCGUGCAGACCGGCAUCGGCAUCAUGGUCAUGUGGGACCGGCGCACGAGCAUCUUCGUCAAGGUCGACUCCAAGUACACGGGCACCCUGUGCGGCCUCUUUGGCAACUACAAUGGGCGCGACAGCGACGACUUGACAGCGGCCGACGGCUCCACGGCCGCGUCCGUGCUGGCGUUCGGCAACAGUUGGAGGAUAAAGGAGAGCUGCGCCACCAUGACAGAGGCGGCGGAGCCUUGCCAGCAGAAUCCGCACCGCCAAGCGUGGGCGCUGCGCCAGUGUCACGUCCUCGCCAGUGACGUCUUCAGCUCGUGCCACGACCACGUGAGUCGCCUACGGACGGCGUGGACGGGGCGGGUGGACCACGCGCCAUUCCUGGAGGCGUGCAUUCGCGACUUGUGCGCAUGCGAUGGCGGCGACUGCGAGUGCUUCUGCACUGCGGUGGCUGCGUACGCCCAGUUGUAG